AUGUCUGACGAUCCUGUAGCUGAAUUUUUAGCUCGUGAAGAUGGUGCUUUAGACGAAGAACUGAAUAACGUUGUAGCAGCUCCAGGUUUGUUCCUCCCUUUAUUGAUUGAUUUUCUAUUCUAGUUGUGAAUGGAUUCCAGCCCAAUGGCAUUCAGGACAGUCACGAAGACUCCGGAGUCGAUCUUGUCGGUCAGGCAGGUGAUAUAAGUCCCCCAGCGGUUCUGCAGCCCACUAAUGGUGAUACAUCGUCCAGUUCUGAUUGGAUACAUGUUUCAAAUUCAGGUCGCGGCGCCAGUCCAGCCAGUUCAGUCCACUCUUCGAGCAAUCACAGUCAUUACCUAACCAGCCAAGAAGAACCCGAGUCCAUCAAGAAGUGGAGGGAGAAGCACCUGAAAUCCAUCAAAGAGAAAGGUGGGUAAUUUUCAAAGUUUUUAUUCCGUGUUUUAGAUGAAUUGGAAGAGAAACAGAAAAAUGAGUUGAGAGAACAAGCCAAGAAGGAAUUAGAGGCUUGGCACAAACAGAAGGAGGUAGAGAUUGCCGACCGUAAGAAGCAAAACAGGUAACUUCUAUUAUAAACCAUUUGUAAUCGUUCUUUAAUUUAUUUGGAAGUUCAUUUGGGCUGUUUAAUGAUUUGUUUUUAUUUUUAGAAUAGCCGAAGAAAAGUUGAGCAAGAAUCUAGUGGAAUCUCAGAGCAAUGGUCAAGGGUGGGCAGAGAUUGCAAAACUAAUUGACACUGGGAAGCCGGCCAAGAAUGCUGUGGAUACAACUCGAAUGAGAGCCUUGAUCCUCGAGCACAAGGAGGAGACUGUCGCUUAA